AUGGACGGCAACGAAAAGAACAAGAAUAUAGAUGCCAUCGGGCCACCUACGAUCAAAUCAUCGACGAAUAUCGAAAGCACAGGAUCUGAAAAUUCCCAAAGGUUCAGUGCUACCAUCCUCCCCGGAUCUGGUGUCAAUACCACGCAGGCCGCGCAGGCAGAACGCGGUCUCAAAUCGGGAAGAUCCACUAUCAUCAAUGCACCGACUACGAUUCCACAGCCGAAUGUGAUUUUAGAUGGGCCGCCUGCUACAAGAGACAGCAGCAUAGAAGUAACGAGCCAAAUGAUCGAGCAAAUGGCUGCCCAGUCGUGCGCGACUCCUGUUGCUCCCCCGAACUCAGCAACAACCAGCGGCCACCUAGCCUCGCUGUUGGAUCGCUUUGCGACGAUGCACAAGGAAUCGAUGGACCUUCAACGAGAAAUACUGGCUGCUAUAGUUACUUUCAAUGACAAUGAUACUUCUGCAGACUCGCCUGUCUUUAUUGCGCCCUCGAACCCACCAACUGCAAAGCGUAAGCUUAUAGAAGAGGAUGAUUCUGCCGCCCCUGCGAGUUCUAGAGUCAAGCUAGAACCGACACGAGAAGAAUUCGUUAUUGCGUCUCCACGCGAGGAUCCAAUGAGGAAUCAUCGACGAGGACGAGGUCGUCGGCGCCGAGGAGGUGGUCAGGCUCAGCCGAUAGACAACAACACGAAAAUGGCAAUCUCAGGUCAUGUUUUCGGACGCCCGAAAGACAGGAUUCGUCUGCUAUCGGGUGCGUGGGAUCCUUUACGAGAGGUUCCACGACAUGAAACAAAAGUCGGCAGACGACAGCUCCUCCAAGACGAUCUCGAGAUGACGCUUGCCACCGACUACUGCAAGAAUAACCGCGAACUCAAAGCUCGGGAUAUUCGACACUACACCAAGGAAGAUUGCGGGAAUUGCGGAGAGAGACACCCAGAAGCUACCUGUCCGGUCAACUUCUGCGGGACUUGUAGUUCCCGAGGUCACCGAUCCUCCAAGUACCCGAAGUCGCAAAAGGUUUGCACCUGCUCGCACCAUCCAGGGCACUUGCUGAAGGAGUGUAAAGAGCGCUGCCUCUACGAACCCUGCAACAGAGCGCACUCGGCAAUAAACUGUCCCAAGCGAUGUUGCAAAUGCGGCUCAUUCCAACACAGCGGCCGGGAUUGCAAGGAGGUCAUUCACUGCGGAUGCGGUCGAGGCAUUCACUUCGCUCAAAAACACGGAGGUGGAUGUAUGACCAAAGGUUGUGGCUUGUACUUCUGUCACUUGCAUUGCGAUACGUGCGGCCUUUCUCCUGCAUUGCACCCGGCCGGGCGAUGCACUGCCAGUGUUGUGCAGGACUUCGUGAAUCCCGUUGCUGGUGACUUCAACACCGACCCUUCCAUCCGCGGCACAAUCAGAACCCUAAAGUGCCUCCAUCACGAGGGGACAUACAACUUCGGAGAAUGCUGUCUGAGUUGUGACAGGGAACUUAAGUCUCGAGAACUGCAGAAGUUGAUUGAUAUCGCCACAGAUGCCGAAAACCUGGCAGUCAUGGAGCAGCAAAUGUAUGAUGGCUGGGAGAGUCGUGUGAUGGUACUCAAUGGCAUUGGCGAUGAGGCCCGCGAAAAACUUCUCAGACGUCUCGACGAAGAAAGAGAACGAGAACAAAAAUAUCUGGAGUCAAUACAAUAG